GAGUCAGGUGUGCUGAGGUCCCUCGGCAGGGGACACUGCCUUUGUACGUACGCCCUGGCUGCCACACUGCUGAGCACAAGUACUUUACGGUGUCAGUAAUUGAUGUGUGGAGAGAAGUAUGACUGCAUUACAGCUUAAAGAGCUUUCACACUCCGGUCUCUACCGGAGGAGAAGAGACCGUCCGGACAGUCUGAAAGUAAAUGGGUCACCGGAGGAAGAGCUAAGCAACAUGGCCAAUGCCCUGGCCAGCGCCACUUGUGAACGCUGUAAAGGAGGCUUUGCGCCUGCAGAGAAGAUCGUGAACAGUAACGGAGAGCUGUACCACGAGCAGUGCUUCGUGUGCGCGCAGUGCUUCCAGCAGUUCCCAGAUGGACUCUUCUAUGAGUUUGAAGGAAGAAAAUACUGUGAACAUGACUUUCAGAUGCUCUUUGCUCCUUGUUGUCAUCAGUGUGGUGAAUUCAUCAUUGGCCGAGUUAUCAAAGCAAUGAAUAACAGUUGGCAUCCUGAGUGUUUCCGCUGUGACCUCUGCCAGGAAGUUCUGGCUGAUAUUGGGUUUGUCAAGAAUGCUGGGAGACACCUGUGUCGCCCUUGUCAUAAUCGUGAGAAAGCCAGAGGCCUUGGGAAGUACAUUUGCCAGAAGUGCCAUGCCAUCAUUGAUGAGCAACCUCUGAUAUUCAAGAAUGACCCUUACCAUCCAGACCAUUUCAACUGUGCCAACUGCGGGAAGGAGCUGACAGCUGAUGCCCGGGAGCUGAAAGGGGAGCUGUACUGCCUGCCGUGCCAUGAUAAAAUGGGGGUCCCCAUCUGUGGUGCUUGCCGUCGGCCCAUUGAGGGGCGUGUGGUCAAUGCCAUGGGCAAGCAGUGGCAUGUGGAGCAUUUUGUUUGUGCCAAGUGUGAAAAACCAUUUCUUGGACAUCGCCAUUAUGAGAGGAAAGGCCUGGCAUAUUGUGAAACCCACUAUAAUCAGCUAUUCGGCGAUGUUUGUUUCCACUGCAACCGUGUAAUAGAAGGUGAUGUGGUCUCUGCUCUUAACAAGGCCUGGUGUGUGAACUGCUUCGCCUGUUCUACCUGCAACACUAAGUUAACACUCAAGAAUAAAUUUGUGGAGUUUGACAUGAAGCCAGUUUGUAAGAAGUGCUAUGAGAAAUUUCCAUUGGAGCUGAAGAAGAGACUUAAGAAACUAGCUGAGACCUUAGGAAGGAAAUAGCUUCCUUGAUUUUUUUCCUUCUUCUUCAUAAAGACCAGAAAUUUGAUUUGAUCCACGUUUAUUUAUAAAAGCUGUAUCUCAAAGCAGUUGACAGCUAAGAGGACAUAUAGAUUCUUUCAUCUCCUUUUUUUCAUUAAAAAAGAAAAAAUAAUUUGUGUAUUUCAAACACAGAUGAAAUCAAGAUUCGCCUUUAUUAAUUAACUCUUAUCAAUUUGUUGACAUGUAGACUAUAUACCAAAAAAAAUCCAUGGCGAAAUGUUAAAUCUUAAUUAAAGCCCCCCCCCAAAUUAAAUGUAACUUUUUAAAAUCAAAGGAGUCAGCUUUUAAAUGACUCAGGUAUAAAAACAGCAUAAACAUUAAUUAACUUUGUAUUCAAAAGAAAAGUACUUCUAAUUGCUGUUGAGGGAGAAUAUAUAAAAGAAAAAUAACCA